GUGAUUAAAGACUGGAAUGCAAAUGCCACGAACAGCCAUCUUGCUGGAGGGAUGAAGUACCACGAUGGAAAACUGACUGUGCCUACCACUGGACGGUACUAUAUCUACCUACAGAUCUACUAUCACAGCACUGGAAGGAUCCAAGUGAGAGUAAACGGCCGUGUGCGCACAAUGAUUCAGAUCCCUGUCCCAGAUAAAGGUAUCCACGGUACCCCAUACGCAGGAGGGAUUUUCAACCUGAUUGCUGGUGACGUCAUUACGAUUUAUUCGACCAGAAACAACUGCAAAAUUUACAUGUCGAGCGUUCACACCUACUUUGGCGCGUAUUUGAUUGAAGAAAAGAUGACAAUUGCCCCAAACACCUCAUGA